GCUACUAUUAGAAUUUGAAUAGAGUUAAAUUACUUGAAGUCUUUCUCCGUUUAAGGGCGUGGUUUAGGUCGUCACGUGACAUGACUGACAGCUCAGCCCAAUUUCUCUGAGUCGGUUUCCGUUAGCUUUUGGGAAGGGAGAUGGUCAGAGAUUGUGUUUCACAGAUGUGUUUUACGUGAUGGACGCAAGUCGACGAAACCAGACCGGGGAGUGUUAGAAUAAUGCUCCAGCUGCCUUAGCGUGCUCAACCAUGGCCAUAAGGGAGCUAAAAGUUUGUCUGCUCGGGGACACUGGUGUGGGGAAAUCGAGUAUCGUGUGUCGGUUUGUUCAAGAUCACUUUGACCACAACAUUAGUCCGACAAUAGGUGCAUCAUUUUUAACUAAGACCGUCCCCUCUGGAAAUGAACUUCACAAAUUUCUGAUCUGGGACACUGCAGGACAAGAGCGGUUUCAUUCCCUGGCUCCCAUGUAUUACAGAGGCUCGGCAGCGGCUGUCAUUGUUUAUGACAUCACAAAGCUUGACUCGUUCCAGACGUUAAAGAAGUGGGUGAAAGAGCUGAAGGAGCACGGGCCGGAGGAUAUAGUGGUGGCCAUCGCUGGAAAUAAGAACGAUCUGGGUGACAUCAGGGAAGUUCCAACUAAGGAGGCGAAAGAAUUUGCAGAGUCGAUUGCAGCCAUAUUUAUGGAGACCAGUGCCAGAAAUGCUGUAAACAUAGAGGAGCUGUUCCAAAAAAUCAGUCGACAGAUCCCUCCACUGGAGAACACUGAUGCAGACAGCCACGACUCCUUCAAGCUGACCCGACAGCCUCCUCCAGCCACCAAACGCUGCUGUUAGACACUACAAACACCCUACAACAUGGAUCUCAGUGGGGUUUCUCCCCUGUGGUACUUUUAAAACAAUUCAGUGUGUGUGAAAGGGGUCAUGACAUGAUGUCAAAUUUCCUUUUGACUAUUAGAGGUUUUCGUACCAUAAAAGCAAACUGCACAUUUAUUAGCUUUAAAAUUGUUCUCGUUAUUAGCAAAGCAUUUAUUUUGUUAAGCUCUAAUAAAAUUGGUCAUUUGGAAAUGAAGUUGAAUGGGAUGUCGCACGGGCACAUGUGGUUGAAGUCAAAAUUAUUAGCUCUCUUGUGGUCUUUUUCAAAUAUUUGAACGAUUUUUAUCAGAGCAAGGAAUUUUUCACAGUAUUUCCUAUAAUAAUUUCUUCUAGAGAAAGUCUUUUUUG